CAGGCGAGAAUAUUAUUUAUUGAAGUAAAGAUUUGUAUGUGCUUAUAAUAAUAGUAGUAUAAUAAUUAUUUUUUGAUCCAACCUAUGUACAAAUAGGACUAAAGUCAGUGUUUGUAUACAUUUACAAAAAUUACAGAGAAUACAACAUUUAGGAUGCUUUCUAAAUUAGAAAAUCAAAUUCAAAUUUUGAAUUCGAAAUCUAGUGUUUGGUCUGUUAUGGAAGAAAUGACUCAAAGUGAAAAUCAAGAAGAGGCGUUUUAUGUGUGCGAUAUUGGAAAUAUCAUUAAAAAAUAUUUAAAUUGGAAAAAACUAAUGCCAAGAGUCGAAACUUAUUAUGCUGUUAAAUGUAACGAUCAUCCAUUUGUCCUUGAAACUUUGGCUACUUUGGGUACCGGAUUUGACUGUGCUUCUAAAGAGGAAAUUUCAAAAAUAUUGGAUUUAAAUGUCCAACCAACCCGAAUUAUCUUUGCCAAUCCAGCUAAACCUGAGAGUCACAUAAAAUAUGCAGAAACUGUUAAUAUUUUAAGGAUGACUUUCGAUAAUCAGUUGGAAUUGGAAAAAAUUAAAAGGAGUCAUCCCAAUGCUGAGUUAAUAUUAAGAAUAAAAUAUGAUGAUGAAAUGGCACAUUACAAAUUCGGAGGCAAAUUUGGUUGCGAUCAUUUAACGGAAGCACCAGAACUUUUAACUAAAGCCCAGCAAUUAGGUAUCAAAGUAAUUGGUGUUAGUUUUCAUAUUGGUUCAGGAAGUCAAAAUCCAAAAGUCUACGGAGAAGCUAUUAAAGCAGCAAGGCAUGUUUUUGACCUGGCCAGCAAUAUAGGAUUUAAAUUUAAUAUUUUGGAUAUUGGAGGCGGUUUUCCUGGUGCUCAUGGAACAUCUAUAGAAGAGAUAUCAAAAAAUGUAAAUGAAAACAUAAACCUCCACUUUUCCGACCCUUCUAUUAAAAUUGUUGCUGAACCAGGAAGAUACUAUGUUGAUUCUGCAUUUACUGUAGCCACCAGAAUACAUUCUAUUGCCACCACUAAACCAGAUUCUACUGGAAUAUUUACGUAUAUGUAUUAUGUAAAUACUGGAGCCUAUAGCACCUUUAUGAACGUUUUCUUUAAUGAGCAAUAUAAACCUCAAGCCCUUAAUAAAAAUAAACGUGACAAAAAAUAUCCUACAAUUAUAUGGGGCCCGACUUGUGAUUCUUUGGAUAAAAUCUGUGAGAAAAAUAAAAUGCCAAAAAUGAAUAUUGGAGAUUGGAUUGCUUUUGAGAAUAUGGGAGCCUAUACAUUAACAAUAUCCAGUAAUUUUAAUGGUUUUCCUAUUCCCAAGGUACACGGAGUAGUUUGUGAAAAAUUGUGGAAGAAAUAUAAACAUUUGAUGAUGGGAUCCGAAAUUAAAUUUGAUAAUUGUAAAGAACAUUUGCGCUGUCAAUUAUCAGAAAAAUUAUUAUACAGCAACAAAUUUUCGUCUGUUAAUUAAAUUAUAAAAAUAUACCUUUACAUUAAUAAAUAUUACCUAAUUAUUAAUAA